AUGGCGUUCGCUCGGCGCUUCGGCUCUUCUGUUAAGAAGGUGGUCCAGAAAUUGAAGUAUCUGUUGAUCCUCGAUUUUGAAGCCACUUGCCAUCAAGAUCUGAAGCCGUUGGAACCUCAGGAAAUAAUCGAGUUCCCAUGCCUGAAGUUGUCAACCGAGCUGGCCAAAGUCGAGUCUACGUUCCACCGUUACGUGCGACCUGUGUUCAAUCCGAUACUCACCCCGUUCUGUACAAGCCUCACAGGUAUCAUACAGGAGAUGGUCGACGAUGAAUCGCCGUUUGAAGAAGUGUUUCGCCAGUUCCAGUCUUGGUUGGACAACGAGGGACUGUUAAAGGACGAGAUGGUAGACAAGUGGGCAUUCGUUACUUGCGGAGACUGGGAUUUGAACAUCAUGCUGCCGAAACAGUGCAGCGUUUCUAAGUUGGAAGUGCCGCCCUACAUGAAGCAGUGGAUAAACCUGAAGAAAAUAGUCUACAGGCACGUAUUCGUUUACCCCGCCGGCAUGAUGCAUAUGUUGGAUUUAGUCAACGUUAGCCACAGAGGACGUAUACACUGCGGAAUCGACGACUGCAUGAACAUUUGUGAGGUAGCUAAAGCUAUACUGGAUAAGCAACUUUUCGAGAUUACCGGAAGUUAUGACCUUAGCACGCAGAUGAGUGAGGAUAAAUAUUCGAUACUCUUGCCGACUUACAACGAACGGCAGAACAUCGCCAUAUGCGUAUGGCUGAUUGUCAAGUACAUGACUGAAAAUGGUUUCGACUUCGAGGUGAUCGUUAUUGAUGACAACAGUCCUGAUGGAACGCAAGAAGUGGUUAAGAAGCUGAUCGAUGUGUACGGGCCAGAGAAAGUGAAACUUCUCGGUCGGCCGCAGAAACUUGGGCUCGGUACGGCGUACAUGGCCGGCCUGCAACUUGCUUGUGGCAACUUCGUGCUGUUGAUGGACUCCGACUUGUCGCAUCACCCAAAAUACAUUGCGGACUUCAUCAAGAAGCAACAGAGCGGAAAUUUUGAUAUUGUAACCGGCAGUAGGGUCAUUCCCGGGGGUGGGGUCGCUGGCUGGACCCUGACUAGAAAGAUGGUCAGUCGUGGGGCAAAUCUUCUGGCACAACUGCUGUUGCAGACGAACGUCUCUGAUCUGACGGGAAGCUUUCGGCUGUACCGGAAGCAAGUUCUCGAGCGCUUGAUCCAGUCGUGUUUGUCAAAGGGGUAUGUAUUCCAAAUGGAAAUGAUAUUCCGCGCCCGUCGAAUGCACUACUCUAUCGCUGAAGUACCGAUCGUAUUCGUUGACCGAUUUUACGGGGAAUCGAAGUUAGGUGGUCAAGAGAUUAUCAGCUACUUGCGAGGUCUGAUUUCAUUAUUUAUUCUAGAUCUGUGA